UUCUGGAGUCAAUCACAGUUCCGUGCAAGUUUACUCUCGGGUUAGAACUUUUAAAAUAUAAUUCAGUCUGAUUUCCUAAAACAGAAUUGAAGUACAGACCAUAGAUAACCUUAAGUAAAAAGUAGGACUGGGUAGAACGUAAAGCGAGCAGUACCUCUCUGAUCGAGCGGAAGAAAGAAAAAGCAGCAAUUGUAGGAAGUGCACAAAACUUCAGACUUGUAACCGUGACAGGAACAAUUCACCAGACCAGCACUUGGUGAAUGGGAAAGAGCGGGCACUCAAGGAUAAUCUUGUACUUCCAAAGUGAUGUGGGUGAGCCCCUGCCGACUAUUAAUACGGAGAGAGAAACAACCAGACUGCGGCGGUCCCGAACCGUUGCAGCAGGUGGAGAGCUACUGCAAAGCUUGGUGAUUCCGUUGGGUCCUAGCGCCCCAUAUCCAACAACCCUCGUUUCUAGAAAAUAGAAAUUCUCAUGAUUUCAGAAGCAUUUGUUCGCAAAAACUGAUCUUGCUUCCUUCAGCCAGAUGCAAAGUAAUGGAAAACUUUUACAAGUAUAAAAGAAAUACACCAAUGUUUGUUUGUGGUAAUAUCAAAUUCAACAGAAUAGCCAACACUGGGGAACUAUUAGAGAUAAUGGGAACUGCAGAUGCUGGAGAAUCCGAGAUAACAAAGGCCUUGGUCUAGGCCCGAAACGUCAGCUUUCCUGCUCCUAAGAUGCUGCUUGGCCUGCUGUGUUUAUCCAGCUCCACACCUUGUUAACUGGGGAACUAUUAGGAGAUGGGAUGGGACUGUCACAGAAGAACAAGAGGCAGGUUGGCAUCCACAGUAUCUUUUAGACCAAGGCCCAGACACAAAUAUUACUACUGGGCAUGGUCGAAGGCAAAGGUCAGGGGAUGUUUUAGGAAGAAACAGCCCAUACUUAGAUGAGAAACUGGCAUUUCUACCACUUCUGGGACUUUUAUGGAAGAUUCUGAGGUGGACCUGAAGUACAAAACAGUCCUUAAGUCAUAUGAAUUGGUUAAUUAACUUGGAGAUCCACAGGACAUCCGUGGGAUGGAGAAAUUUCCUACUGGUUGACAGAUUUAAAAAAUUCAUUCACAGGAUGUGGAUGUCACUGGCUGAGCCAGCAUUUAUUGCCCAUUCCUAACUGCCCUUGAGAAGGUGGUGGAGUAAACAGCCCACAGUAGGGCAGAAAGGCCUGGCUGGGUGGAUGGAUGCUGAUGAAGGCUCUUCGGCCUCUACAAAGAGAGGAUACUGUCCCUUGGAGCUGAAGACUGGGGCCACUCCUGUGGGGAUGAUGAGACAUCUAUGGCCCACCAACUGAGUGGGAUAUCUAUGACCCCGGUUGAGAAGUGGCCAGCUCUACCUUCUCUUCGACCUCUGAUGAAGAAAUAACAAAAACUCAGAGGAUGUAUCAGCAAGGCUGCCUGCUACACCCACCUCCAGCUCAGAUAUUAACGCCUUGGUUGGAAUGUCACACUUAGAAAGUUUGGGAGCACAAUCUGAGGAGCACCUCACUGCCACAGUUCCACAGCCGUCUGAGAAACAACCCAGGUCACUGACACAUGGAGAACUGCUAGAGACCAGUCCCAAGCAGGAGAGGAGCUGGUGCUGUCAGCAAUGUGGACUUUGCCCACAUGUACAGGGUGGAACAGGAGCAGCAGACAGCCAUGUAGGACACAAUGGUCCUCAGUGGCUAGUGUUCGCAGCAGUACAAUUUUGCUAUGGGCAAUCCAGCUGCCCCAAGCAUGAGACUGUCUAGCUGGCCCUAUGGAGAGAUUGGUAGUUGCCAUGGAGAGUCAGGCCCAGCACCGUUGGGAUCUACUGGAGACGAGCACAUACCUGCACUCCAUCACCUUUGCCAUUGGUCCUCAGGACCGAAGACAUGGCGACAGGAGGACAGCGAACCUGGUGAGGACUCCAGCUGCCCCGUCCUCACGAGGAGACAGGGCGGUGCCAGGAAGUACCCAGCUGGAGGAGGAAUCACAUACAGGGUCCUGCAGACGUCUCCUCUCGGGAUACUCCAGAGGUGGCUGAGCCCACUAUCUCCACCCUGAUUGUGCUCCUCCGAACUUUGAAAGUUCAAACUGAGGAGGGGUCUUCUUACCAAAAGCAAGUGGACCCUUGGCAUGUCAGGGACAUCCAAAUAGAGAUGGCCCGAGAUCAUCCAACCAAUCCUCAAAGGCCAAUGAUCUGCACUACCCAGGAGGCUUCCUCCAACCCAGCUACAGACCCUGAGUGUACACUGAGACAGACUGGGAUGGAGAGAUAGAAAAACCCUUUUGGGGAGCACUUUGGUGACAGGGCACUGCGCAUGAAGUAUCAAAUUUGUAUUAACGUGCUUGUUUUUAUACUACAUCUGUUUAUUUGAAUCUCUGUGUAGCCCAGAAUGUAAAUGUACUAACAUCAUGGCCACACAGGAUGGAUCAAGGAUCAUGUCUGUGUUGAGCAUCUGCUGCAGCAUCCAGAUAAGUGUAAAGUGAGUGGGUAUUGGGAGAGCAAGUGAACAGCCCUGAGAUGGCCCAGUCUGUGAGCUGGGUGUCCAUCCCUGUGCACAAAAUGUCCAUACAGCAGCCCUUUCAAUGCUAGUUGCUGGUGCAUCCUGCAAGUGGUCCAGAGAGGCGCCAUGAGCAUCCAGAGGAUUUGGCAAAUCUCAGAUGCCAGUGUUUGUGGGCAUGGGGUGCAUAUGGCCGGUGCUCAUGGAGAGCGCUCUGAGAUGUUUGUGUCCAGCACCCAACGUUGUGGGCUGAAGGGCCAGUUCCUGUGCUGUACAGUUUUAUGUUCUAUGGAGUUCGUUUGGAGCAAGCAGUGAGCUAAAGUUGCUAGGUACCCUCCCUGACUUGCAUGUCAAAACUUCUUGGCAUCUAAUUUUCCCGUGGUUUGUAUUAGGAUGGGAAACUGCACUUCAACUGAUGAGGAGAGAUGUGCAGUUCAUAAGGUUGCUAACAAGCAAUAGUCUCCCUUGAAAGGCGACUCACUGCUACCUAGCAGGAAGCUCACCUCAACACCUGGGAAUUUAGUUAAAAGAUGCAACAAGUUGCUCCCAAGAUUGAAAUAAGUCUCGCUGGCCUUCUUGUCUAAUUCUGCCACAUUUCUCACCAUAGCCCAGGUCAUUCAGAUUCCUGUAAGAUUCCGCUUGUAGCAUUUGCCCCAUACAAACAGGCCGUUAAGCCCAACUGGCCCAUGCCAGUAUUUCUGUGUCACUCUGUUCUAGCCACAUUCCUCUCACUCUAUCAGCAUUGCUUUCCUUUUUGGGUGAUGUUAGGCUGCCUUCUUAAACUGCUGCAGUCCAUCUGGUGUAGGUAAUGCCAUGGUGCUGUUUGGAAGGGAAUUCCUUUUCAUGCACUUAGCUUCCCUUUACUGUAUCAAUAUUACAUUUACAGUAAAUAGCAAACGUUAUCACCAUUGGUUAAAAUAGUGCCUCUUUAACAAAGAGGAUGAAAAUGCUGAAAACCUGAAACAAAGACAGAACAUGCUUAUGAAAGAAAACCUGGUUCUUCAGCAUCUGAAAGAGAGAGGAAUUCAUGUUCAAGUUUUAGGGAGAUGGAAGAAACAUUUGAACUGCUGUACCAGGAGUUUAAACGGUUGAAAACUGUGUGUGAGAGGCAGGCAAAGAUUAUUAAGGAGUUGACUGAGAAAAGAGAAAUGACUACUGAUAGGCCUUUCACUGUACCAAUACAGUGCACAGAUGCUGGGAAGCCAGACCAAUCUGAAAGACCCUUCCUCAAACCACAGAAGCAGAAAGACAUCCAGGUAGCUGCCUGCGGUGUUCCUACUGAUUCUCAACACAUUAUGGUGGACAGAAAGCAUGGCAAGGAGCUUGACUACUGUUCCAAACUUGACGUCCGAUUUCUCCCAAGGAGUGGUGAAUAUAACUUUUUAAUCAGUGAACCAGAGAAAUUGCACCACCUGAAUACUGUUCAUCAACCAGAGCCUCCAACUCCAACUGAUGAAAGUGUUAGUGACUCUCUGAGCAACUUGUAUGAUGACUGCAGAUGCCCUUUCAACUUUAAUGUAGAGAGGAGUUCAUGGGAACAGCCAACUAUGAGUAUUCCUCAGCACAUCCUGGGUGAGGGGGGUGUAAUUUUAAGAUCAAAUUGUCUCUUUCAGGAAAGACAGUACUCAGUUUGUGAUUUGGAAAAUGUUCCAGAGCAAAGGAGCUUGAACCCGGCUGUUGGCUAUCGUUCCACAGAUUGUGUAUCUGUUUUACCUGAACUUUUCAUCCGUUCAGAGAAUAUGGAGCCACAGCAGAGUUCACGGAGCCAUCAUUGUUUAGCUGAAGAUUGCCACACAGGACAUGAAACCACACUGAACUCUGAAUCAUGCCUCAACUCCCAAGUCUGUGAAUUCUGCCAAGCUGUGUUUCCAGCUGGUGCAGCAACUCGAGACGAUUACUUGGUGCAUCUCACUGGACAUAUUGAAUUCGAGUAACUUCUGUGGCUGCAUUAAUGGGCAUCUGAUUAAUCCUAACUAACUACCAAAAAGUUUUAAUCAACACUGUACUCAAAUAAAUGGACACUGAUUGGCCAUGCAUGAGUGAAGAUAUUUGAUCUUGAACAGAAACAACGGUAGAGGUGAGGGACGCUCUAACUGGAUUGCAAUGGCACUCAGGGUAGGAUGUGGUGGGAAGGUAAUUAAACUAAUGUGAAAAGACCGGAAUUUGCUACACAGCAGACUGCUUUGUACUCUAUGUAGUUCAAAGAACAGAUGGCAGAAAGUGUUUGAUCCAUGGAAUAACAAACAGCAGGAGUGUGUUACCAGGCAGCAACUCACCAGGGAAGAGUUCAUUUCAUGGCGGCAACAUUGCUGUUUCUGAUAGAUAGCAGGCGGUCUUGCAAAACAAACUUCGGUAACAUUAUGCCUGAUUUC